GCGCCGCGUUCCUCUUUUCUGCCCUCCGUCAAUCGGCUCCUGAGGGAAGGCCGUGCGCGGAGGCUGCAGCGGUCGCUGAACGCAGGGGGAUAGGCGAGCGGGCGAAAUGUCCGGGGGCUGGGGCCGGGAUAUGAUGGAUUACGGGGACGGGCCCGGCAUGUCCGGUGGCGGCGGCGGCCGCGGGGGAAGCAGCGCCGGGGGCGACGGCCGCAUCUACGUGGGCAACCUGCCGCCCGACGUGCGCGAGAAGGACCUGGAGGAGCUCUUCUACAAAUACGGCCGCAUCCGCGACAUCGAGCUGAAGAGCAAGCGCGGCCUGGUGCCCUUCGCCUUCGUGCGCUUCGAGGACCCGCGAGAUGCAGAAGAUGCCGUUUACAGAAGGAAUGGUUAUGAUUAUGGCCAGUGUCGUCUGCGUGUUGAGUUUCCCAAACCUUCAAGAGGUCGGGGAGGUUUCGGUGGGGGGCCUCGUGGCAGGAAUGGCCCUCCUUCGCGACGAUCUGAAUUUCGAGUCCUUGUUUCAGGGCUUCCUCCAUCAGGCAGCUGGCAGGACCUGAAGGAUCAUAUGCGUGAAGCUGGUGAUGUAUGUUACGCAGAUGUUCAGAAAGAUGGAAUGGGGGUGGUUGAGUUUCUUCGCAAAGAAGAUAUGGAAUAUGCACUGCGUAAACUGGAUGACACCAAAUUCCGAUCUCAUGAGGGUGAAACAGCCUAUAUCAGAGUUUGUCCUGAAAGAAGCAUCAGCUACAGCUACUCACGCUCCCGUUCUGGUUCAAGGAGUCGCGAUUCUCCCUACCAAAGCAGGGGAUCACCGCGCUACUCUUCACCCUUUAGGCCAUUCUGAUUGCACCCAAUAGGGACUUGUAACGAUGUGAACUGAGCUUAUCAUUUGUGCUCAGAGUUUACAUUCCAAAAUGGAUGGAUAUAGUCUUUCGUAGGAACCUUUUUGGUUUUUUUUUCCUUUCUAUUCAAGAAAAUCUUUUUUUUUAUGACAACUGUUUUUACUAGGGAAGUAUUGGUAAUGAAGUAUUAUGAAUCAUUGCCACCUAAAAUGCAUUUUAUUUGGAAAAUGUUCUUGCUUUUCCUCUCAGUGAGGGAAAAUGAGCUUGAAACUCAUACAUGUUAAUAGUUUGCUGGAUGGGCUUUAAAGCAGUGAUCGUUGGUGGUGUUUCAAAAUAUAUUCCAAUGUUUCUGUAACUCAUAAGUGAGUGGCUGUCUUUUUGUGCAGUCGGGGUAGAAAGUGGAGAUAAAUCAGAUGACCCUGGUUUUUAAGCUGCUUUUUCUUAUUGAGUUAAAGAAGCAUUUUAAAGGUUUUGCUCUCUACAGCUGUCAUACUGGAAACAUUGAAGGGAUGUUUAAGCUGUUCUACUAUAAUACCAGUGCAAUUGCUUUUACUGGCUGUUUUGAUAUGUAAUUUCACAAAUAGUAUCCAGGACCGAUUUUAUCAAGUCUGGAAGAUUUGAGAGAGCAGAUUUAAUACAAUUUCAUUACUUAAAAGGAGGGGCUGAAAAUUUGGGAAACGUACUGGGAAGGGAGUGUUCUGUAUUUCUUCACUAACUGCAAAAUGUGUCCAAUUUAAGCAUUUUAUGGAAGUCCCAUCAUUGAUUUGAUCCAUGAAAUAAAAUGAAUUUCAGUGGUUUUGUGCUUA